AUGGCCGACUUCUUUGCUGUUGUUUUUUCCACUCCCGCUGACAAGGCUGUUGCCUCUGCACGCUCUCAAAAUUCCGAAAAGACUGAGGGGUACACAUCAGCUGUAGCCACUCACUCUCAGCCUAACGAGGCGACUCAAACCAAAUCCUCCGGAUCAAACUUCUCGAUGUGCGAAAUCAUCAUGUAA